AUGUACCGGCUCCUGUCAGCAGCGACCCUCGGGGGCCGAGCCUGGAGCUCCGGGCGGCGGCAGGCCCACCGGCGGGCCGGGCUGCCCCCGCUGGGCCCCGGCUGGGCCGGCGGCCUGGGGCUGGGGCUGGGGCUGGCGCUCGGGGCGAAGCUGGCGGGCGGGCUGAGGGGCGCGGGCCCCGCGCAGCCCCCCGAGGCCCCGGACCCCGACGCGUCGCCUCAGGCCGACGCCCCGCAGGAGCAGCCCCUCUCCCCCUGGGCUCCGCAGACGCCGGCGCCGACCCCUCCCCGGUGCUUCGCCAGAGCCAUUGAGAGCAGCCGGGAUCUGCUGCACAGGAUCAAGGAUGAGGUGGGCGCACCGGGCAUAGUGAUUGGAGUUUCUGUAGAUGGAAAAGAAGUCUGGUCAGAAGGUUUGGGUUAUGCCGAUGUUGAGAACCGUGUGCCAUGCAAGCCAGAGACGGUCAUGAGAAUCGCCAGCAUCAGCAAAAGCCUCACCAUGGUUGCUCUUGCCAAACUCUGGGAAGCCGGGAAACUGGAUCUUGAUAUUCCAGUGCAACAUUAUGUUCCUGAAUUCCCUGAGAAGGAAUAUGAAGGUGAAAAGGUUUCUGUCACAACAAGAUUACUGAUUUCCCAUUUAAGUGGAAUUCGUCAUUAUGAAAAGGACAUGAAAAAGGUGAAAGAAGAAAAAGCUUACAAAGCCUUGAAGAUGAUCAAGGAUACAGUCAUCUCUGACCACGAAAGAGAACUGAAAGAAAAAGGAGACAAAAAUAAUGAAAAAAAUUAUUUUGCAAAACCUAAAACAGAGCAAGACCCUGAAGCCAAAAGCCGGAAUUCAAAACCUGGCAAAAAAAAGAAUGAUUUCGAACAAGGCGAAUUAUAUUUGAAAGAAAAAUUUGAAAAUUCUAUUGAAUCCCUAAGAUUAUUUAAAAACGAUCCUUUGUUCUUUAAACCUGGUAGUCAGUUUUUAUAUUCAACUUUUGGCUAUACACUGCUGGCAGCCAUAGUAGAAAGAGCUUCAGGAUAUAAAUAUUUAGACUAUAUGCAGAAAAUAUUCCAAGACUUGGAUAUGCUGGCGACUGUGCAGGAAGAAAACGAGCCAGUGAUUUACAACAGAGCAAGAUUUUAUGUUUACAAUAAAAAGAAACGUCUUGUCAACACACCGUAUGUGGAUAACUCCUAUAAGUGGGCUGGUGGUGGAUUUCUGUCAACAGUAGGUGACCUUCUGAAGUUUGGGAAUGCGAUGCUCUAUGGCUACCAAGUCGGGCAGUUUAAGAAUUCACAGAAAAACCUUCUACCUGGAUAUCUCAAACCGGAAACUAUGGUCAUGAUGUGGACGCCAGUCCCUAACACGGAGAUGUCCUGGGACAGAGAGGGUAAAUAUGCCAUGGCGUGGGGUGUUGUGGAAAAGAAGCAGACCUACGGUUCUUGUAGGAAGCAGCGGCACUACGCCUCGCACACAGGGGGCGCCGUGGGUGCCAGCAGUGUCCUGCUGGUGCUCCCUGAAGAGCUGGAUGCAGAGGAGAUGGCCGGCAAGGUGCCCCCCAGGGGAGUAGUUGUCUCCAUCAUAUGUAACAUGCAGUCUGUUGGUCUCAACGGUACUGCUUUAAAGAUUGCCCUGGAAUUUGAUAAAGACCGAUCAGAUUGAGAACAGUAUUUUAAGAAAUGAGCUAUUUGGGGCUUUUUAAACAUUUUUUUUCUUUUUGGAAACAUAAAAGUUCCAAAGUACUUGAGAUUUUUAAAGAAUAAAUUUGUAAUAGAAUAUAUAAUUGAAUGCACAGAAUUAUGUACCUCUAAUUGCUUACUUUUGUAACCAUCUUUUUACUGUAGAAUUAAUUCUUUACACUCAGGGAAGUAACUAUAUUGUUUUUAACUUUUGGAAAAAAGUAUUAUAGAAAUAAAAUAUUCUGGUAAAAAUA